AUGCCGGGUCCAUUGCCACCCCCCGGUGCAGCAGCGCUUGCAGCUGGCUCCAAUGCGGACCAACCGUUUAAGGAAACCAUUUUGCAGCUGCUGAACAAUCAACACACGUUGAUGACCCGCAUGGCAGAACAGAUGGCGAGCAUACAGGGAAACGUCCAGAACGCCAAUCGGAACGAGUUGGUGCUAGAUUCCCUCGCGAGCAAUAUCACCGAGUUCGCGUAUGAUCUGGAAAAGGGAUGCUCGUUCGAUGCUUGGUUCUCCAGGUAUGCGGACCUUUUUGAAAAAGACGCCUCCAAGCUGGACGACGACGCAAAGGUACGACUGCUGCUCCGCAAACUCAACCCCGCCGCACACGAAAGGUACACUUCGUUCAUUCUCCCCAAGCUCUCGAAGGAAUUUUCCUUCGACGAAACGGUUGCCAAAUUACAAACCAUUUUUGGUAGCCCCGUUUCGACCUUCCAUCGCCGGUACCAGUGCCUGCAGACAGCGAAGGAUGAGAACGAAGAUUUCAUCUCCUACUCCUGCAAAGUCAACCGCGCUUGUGUCGAUUUCAAGCUGCAGGAGCUCAAAGAAGACCAGUUUAAGUGCCUGAUUUUUGUGUGCGGGUUGAAGUCACCCAGGGAUGCUGACAUCCGGAUGCGCCUGCUUUCGAAAAUCAACGAGACGCAGGACAUAACGCUGGAGAAGAUAGUGGAGGAGUGCAAGAGUUUGAUAAACUUGAAGAAGGACACCGUACUCAUCGGGAGUCAGUCUGCCUCCACCACCGGUGCUGCUGCAACACAUGCUGUUCGAGUGAAUUCUCCCAACGGCAACCGCCGUAAGAAGGACAAGUUUGGUGGCAACAAAUCCGACACGCCUAAAACGCCGUGUUGGUCAUGCGGCGGCAUGCAUUUCUCCAGCCAGUGCAGCUUCAAGAACCACAAAUGCCGUGACUGUGGCCGAACCGGCCAUAAGGAAGGCUAUUGUUCCUGUUUCGCAUCCAAGCCAAGCUCCAAGAAGAACAAGGGGAAGCAGCAAAACAAACACCACGCAGCCAAGAUCGUGACCGUGAAAAAUGUGAACCGCAGCCGGCGGUACGUGGAGACAGCGAUCAACGGGGUUCCAGUCGACUUGCAGCUGGACUCAGGCUCGGACAUAACGAUCAUCUCCAGGCAGAACUGGAUCAAAGUCGGAGCACCCCAAACGUCUCCCCCCGAUUGUCAAGUGCAGACCGCAUCUGGUGACAGAUUGGGCAUCGAGUCCAUGUUUCGAGCAUCGUACACCAUCGGCGGAACGCAAAAGGAAGGCUCAGACCUCAUGGAUGAGUUUGGGCUCUGGGACGUUCCGUUUUCGUCGUUCUGCAAGCUGGUCGGCAGCUCACAACCAAGCCAGCAGGUGCUCGAAAUGAAGGAGAAGUUUCCCGAUGUGUUCACCAACCGUAUGGGACUGUGCACCAAAACACAGGUGCAUCUCACGCUCAAGCCGGACGUCCAGCCAGUGUUCAAACCGAAGCGGCCAGUUUCCUACAACAUGGGGGCUGUUGUAUUACAUGUUUCAUUUUGUAUUUAA